CUCCUUGUGCGCAUGCGCACUCGUGCUCCGUCCCAGUCGCCGUGCUCGGCUCAGUCAGUCAGUCUGCGGGAGUCUGUCCUCGGAGUAGGCACUUGAAGGCGCUACGGAAAGCCAGCGACCCGAUUAUUCUAUCUUCCCUCCCUCUCUCCCGCCCCACAUCUCUCUUCACCCUUCUCCCGCUUUUGCUCGAGCAGCCAUGGCGGACUCGUCGGCGGCCACUCAAUCCCCGUCAGUCUCCUCGUCGUCCUCCGGGGCCGAGCCGUCCGCGCCCGGCGGCGGCAGCGGGAGCUCGGGAACCUGCCCCACCCUAGGGACCAAGAGCUGCGGCUCCUUCUGUGCGGUGCACGAUCUGAUUUUCUGGAGAGACGUGAAGAAGACUGGCUUUGUCUUCGGCGCCACGCUGAUCACGCUGCUCUCCCUGGCAGCUUUCAGUGUCAUCAGUGUGGUUUCUUACCUCAUCCUGGCCCUUCUUUCUGUCACCAUCAGCUUCAGAGUCUACAAAUCUGUCAUCCAAGCUGUGCAGAAGUCAGAAGAAGGCCAUCCAUUCAAAGCGUACCUGGACUUGGACAUUACCCUGUCCUCAGAAGCUUUCCACAACUACAUGAAUGCAGCCAUGGUGCACGUCAACAAGGCCCUGAAGUUCAUCAUUCGUCUCUUUCUCGUGGAAGAUCUGGUUGACUCCUUGAAGCUCGCCGUCUUCAUGUGGCUGAUGACCUAUGUGGGUGCGGUUUUUAAUGGAAUCACCCUUCUGAUUCUUGCCGAUCUGCUGGUGUUCAGUGUCCCAAUUGUGUAUGAGAAGUACAAGACACAGAUUGAUCACUACGUUGGCAUUGUCCGGGAUCAGACCAAGUCCAUUGUUGAAAAGAUCCAAGCAAAAGUCCCUGGAAUCGCCAAAAAAAAGGCAGAAUAAGCAUAUGGAAACCAGAAACACAACAGUUACUAAAACACCAUUUAAUAGUUAUAAAAUAAUGUUGUUACUUGUACCGUGAAGGCACAUGCUCAGUGUCGGCUUGAGCCUGCAUUCCAAGCUUUUUUUAAUUUGGUGUUUUCUCCUCUCCUUCCCCCUUACCCUCUCAGUAUCAAGCACAAGAAGUGUUGGACUGAAGGAAAAAAAAAAAAAACUGCUCUAAGAACCCAAAAGAAUAAAGAAUCAAAUUGGUAGGGUCAGUCCCUAGUGGUGGUGGAGCUCUUACCUGGGGGAAGGCACUGAAGAAGGCGAGUGGUUGAACACAUGUCGGGUCCACUCUCCGUAUUCAAGGGCAAGUCUCACCCAGCUCCCAUUAUACUUUUAUCCCUAUAUUUUUAAGUUAAAUAAUGAGUAACUUGUGAAGAAGAAAUUGUUUGGGGCAGAAGUGGGAUUCCUUCCUCUAAUUCCACCUCCUGCCCCGCACCAUAAGCAGCUAUUCCUAAUAUUCCUCUUUGAAUCGAGUAACUUAUAGAGGUGAUUCCUAGUGCUCAGAACACCAUCCAAGAAAGGAGAGUGGGAACGGAGGGUGGGAUGGAGAGGGUGUGGCGGGAGCACGCCUGGCUGCCAGCCCUCCGCCACCCAUGCUAGCAAAGGAAGUAAGCAAGGGCUCUGCAGGCUGGAGGGUCAUGUCCUACCCAGCUCUCUUGGACACCAGUUUGAGCAUUGGUUUGGGAAUUCAUUCCAGAAUGUGCUUCCCCUCUUCCUGCCCACCUUACCUCAAGUUUAAUAAAUAUGGUUGUACUUUUAUUAUGAAAUAAAUGUCUGUAACUGCUGUACACUGCUGCAAACUUGUUAGAGAAAACAUAACCUGCAUGUGGGCUCCUCAGUAAUUGAGUAAUUGUAAUCCUACACCUGUCUGUGGGGGGGAGGGAACGUCCUCAAGAGGUGAACUCCAGAAAUACAGAGGCCCAUUUUCUUUAUCUUCUCUUCACAUGCUGCAUCUUUAACCUGCACUCAUCCAUUUAGCCUGCGGACCCAGGCUGCACUAGCUUGAGAGGCUACACCACCUGUGGUGAAGCUAAAUGUGUCUCGUGGCUUAUGUGGAGUUGAGCUGCUUGGAGGCUGGCUUGUGGCUGUGUUUAAGACAGGUAAACUGGCUCAACACCUGGUUGUGGCCCAGGGUGCUUCUGUGGAGAGCACUUUAGGUAAGCUCGAGUAAGCAGGGCCACAUUGUAUUGAUGGGCUGUGUGCAGUUGCUGGAGAGUGAGUGAUAAGGAAUCUCCAAGUCCAAGUCUACAUGAAGUGGGUGGGAAUCCAAUCAUUGGGAAAGCAAGCAGAGAUGAGUCCCACCCCUCAAGGAGGAAUGUGAGCUGGCAACUUUGAAGUACAAGUUGUGGUGUUUCAUGCACCUUCUUACAAGUAGGGAGAGGAACUUUAUUUCUACUCUGGAAAAUUACUUGCAUUUAGAUAGGUAAAAGAGGCUGUAACCUUUCUCCAUUUUCUUUUCUCUAUUUUCCUCUUCCCUUCUAAUUUUUAAACUCACUUUGUCAUCCACGUCCUUUGUCUUACGAGGUCAGCACAUUGACAGUCACAGGCAUCUCCACCAACGGGCCCCUUUCUGCACUGGAAGCCUCCGCGUCUGGCUCUUUUCUUUUGUGUUGCUGCUGUGUUUAAAUAAUUGGAUUUUUUUUUAAUGUGUGCCAGGAUCUUUUUUUUUUAAAGAAAAAUCUAUAGAUGAAAAAAUUACUAAUGAAACUGUGUACGUGUCUGUGCGUGCAACAUAAAAAAUACAGUAGCACCCAAGGAGCUUGAAUCCUGGUUCCUGUAAAAUUGCAAAUUGAUGUGGUAUUAAUUAAAUAAAGAACGCAAUGACUGUGG